UAAAUGAAUUUCCCUUUGCCUGAAAAUAGAAUUGCUAAUUAUGCCAAAGUUUCAACUUUUCUACCACAUCUUGUAUGUUAGUGUUGCAAAUCACUUUCUCUACAACAAUUGAUAUGUCUUAAAUGUCAUGAAAACUUUUGCUUUAAAUGCAUACCUUAUGCGGAUGAUCAGAUUCCUGAACCAAUAGAAAUAACUGUUCAAACCAUUCUGAUCAAUAAGAAUACAAAAUAUGUUUAGGAUAUUAAUUAUAGAGGCUUCUGUCCUAAUUGUGAAGUUCUGACAGUCUUAACAUCUUAACUACCAAAAAUGUUUCAUAAAUUAUACACUAGUGUCAAAUUUUCAUGUCAAAAUAGAGUCAACGGAUGUCCUGAAGAACUUUGCUAUCCUGAUUUGAGGAUACAUGAAUAGAAAUGUGGAUUUAAUACAAUCACUUGUCCAAAGUAAGAAUGUGGCUAACAGACAUACAAAAAAGAUUUUAUAACUCAUGUCUCCAUAUGCAAUCCAACAACAGAGUGUAUUUGUGGUUCCACUAAUCAACAUGAUCAAUAAAAAUGUCUAAGAUUACAAUGUGAAACUCUUAAAAGUUAACUCAAUACUUAAACUAAAGAAUUACAACUACUAAAAGAUGUAUAAACUACACUCUCCUACUCCAGUCCCCAAAAAUAACUUAAUAGAGUAAUAAUCAAUCAAUCACCUUAUGUGGCUACAUCCCCUUUCUCAUUAUAAGGUUUACUACAAUAAUCGGCUCAAAUAUUAAAUGAUGGAUGAUCUUAUAUAUAUAUUAAAUAAC